AUGGUUCUUCAACUAAUCGGCGCUGCUACAUCUUGGAAUACUUUGCGCGCACGUCACGUACUUUUUGAGAAAGGGAUUCAUGAUGUUGAGUUGAUCGAUAUAAGCGUAGCGAAUGGGGAUCAGAAGAAACCUGAACAUUUGGCCAAGAAUCCCUAUGGCAAGGUCCCAGUACUGAUUGAUGGGGAUUUGACUUUGUUCGAGUCCCGUGCCAUUGCUCUCUAUUUGGCCGCGAAAUGGAAGGCCUCCGGGGAGUCGCUGAUUCCAGAAGCGACAAACCCUGGCGCCGUUGGACUGUUUGCCCAAGCUGCAUCGGCAGAACUAACGCAGUUCGAUCAGCUUACUGAGCCGUUCAUCCUCAAGCAUGUCAUAGCUAAAUUUACCGGAGCAUCUGUUCCCGAAACCGAAACCUCCAGUGCUUUGGCGAGUCUGACACCAAAACUUGACACGCUGGAAGUCAUCUUGUCGAGACAGCGUUACAUGGCUGGGGAUCAGUUCUCCCUGGUCGAUGCAUUCUAUAUGCCUCUCGUGCACUUGCUCGUGGGCCUGGGAUUUAAAGAUCUCAUCUUUAAGAGACCCAGUCUGCAUGCAUGGUGGGAGACUGUCAGUGAACGGGAGGCGUGGAGGAAAGCAGUCGUGCCUUUCAACAAAGCCUAUGGAUUCUAG